AUGAUGUUUGAUCUGUUUGACUGCGAGAAUGUGUGCCAUGGUGACCUGUCCACACAACAUCAUACCAGAAUUCUGGUGAUUUUGCUUCGCUUUUGCGAAUGUGGAGGAGAAUGGGAAGAGAACAACAGCGUGUCACUGCUGCAUUAUCAUCACUACUGGAUCUGCUUGCUGCCACUGUGUGUGGGAAUGAUUCUGGGCGUGCACGAAUGGUUCACUUUAUUUUUGGCCGAGGUGGUUAGUUGGAUUGCCGUGGUGCUGCUGGGGAUCAUCAAGGCUCUGGUGUGGUUGUCGCAAAAGGUGACCAAAUUGGGAAAGACGCUUCUGCGAUGGGGGAUUGCCAUGCGAACUUUCCGACUCGCUUUGAUUCUACGAGUCCAUUCGGCCGUGUAUCAUCGAGUAGCACGGCAACAACAUCAGCCACGGCGAGAAAUAAGGGACGAAGAUACAAAUCGGGAGACAGCACGAGUGCGAUAG